AUGGUACCCUGCAGAGACUAUAUUUACUCGUCGACGCAACCAACACGUGGUGAGCACUGCCUUAAAGCAUCCUGGCGGAGUAUCGGAGCCCUCCUUUAUCGCUCACUCGCUCUCUGGCUCUCUUUUUUCUGGUACUCUUCUGCCACUGCCUCCAACCCCUCGAUAGUUGUGGCACUUGAAGCAACACCUCGAACGCAGACCAGGCACUGGCAAUCUCCGUCCGCUUGGCUUGUUUAG